AUGCUUGAAUCGUUAGUUGCUAAUGUUUUGAAUCGCGUUCUUGGUGCAUAUGUUUCUAAUCUCGAAGAUAACCAACUAAACAUUGCAAUAUGGACAGGAUAUCUUGGGGAAUUAACCUUGAAUAUUCCUUGGUCAAAUUUAAAAAAUAAGCCAGUUAAAGUUUUUAUAAAUAAUGUUUAUCUUUUAGCUAAUCCAAAAGCUGAUACAGAGUAUGAUCCUGAAGAAGAACAAAAAAAAGCUCAACAAGUCAAACAAGAAAAAUUAGCAAAUGCUGAAUUACUUCAGUCUAAUCCAUCUGGAACAUCUGAAGAGGAUGAUCAAAAAAACCAAUCUUUUGUAAAUCAACUUGUUACCAAGAUUGUAGACAAUCUACAAAUUUCUAUUAAUAAUAUUCAUAUUAGAUAUGAAGAUAAAUUAAGUGAUCCUGAGCAUCCAUUUUCAAUAGGACUUACAUUGUCCGAAUUUUCAGCUCUUUCAACAGAUGAAAAUUGGACACCUACUUUUAUUGAAGAUGAAACUAAACCAAUUCAUAAAUUAAUUACAUUAGGAUCAUUAGCUGCAUAUUGGAACACAGAUUCAAGAUCUUUAUCUGGUUACUCUCAGAAGGAUUCUAUUGAAUUAUUCAUAAAUUUGAUUUCAUCAGACAAGAGAGUUCCACAAGAACACCAAUAUAUUUUAAAACCUGUAUCAGGAACUGGAAGAGUUAUAUUGAACAAACAUUUUGAUGUUAAGACUCCUAAAACUAUUGUAACGUUAUUAUUUGAUGAACUUGGAUUUGUCUUGGAUGAUGAACAAUACAGGGACGCCUUAUUAAUGUAUCGAAAAUUCAGACCUCCAAAAGAAGUGACACCAAAACAAAAUCCAAGAGCAUGGCUUCAAUUUGCAGGAAAUUGUAUACUUUCUGAGAUUCGUGAACGUAAUCGAAAAUUGACUUGGGAAUAUUUUGCUGAAAGACGUGAUGACCGUUGUGCAUAUGUUAAACUUUAUAAAGAUAAACGACUUGAUCAUUUAACGCCUGCGCAACUUGAAAUAAAGCUUAGCUAUGAAGACAUAAGGUUUUAUCGAUCAAUUGCCAAAUCUCAAUUGAAAAAAGAAAGGGCAUUAAUAGAUAAAAUUAAAAAAGAAAGACAAGAAAAACAAACAGUGAGUCAACCAUCAGACGGUGGCUGGUUUAGUAGCUGGUGGUAUGGUGGUCAAGAAACAAGUCCAUCAAAUGAAGGAGACAUUGUAUUGACAGAUGAACAACGACAAGAAUUAUAUCAAGCAAUUGAUUAUGAUGAGAAAGCCGCUGUGAUAGAGUCAGUUGAUUUUCCUAAAGAGUGGAUAAAGCUUUCAUUUAAAACUAAACUCAAAACUGGCUCUUUUGCUUUGAAAAAAAAUCCUCGCGGGUCAAACGUUGAAAUACUUUCUUUGUUUUUUGAUACAGUGUCUACAAACUUUUAUCAAAGGCCAGAUUCUUUUAUAGCAGAAACAGCAUUAGGAAAUUUACGUGUGUAUGAUGGAUCUACUGAGGGUACUUUGUAUAAACAAAUUGUUAGUGUAAAAGAGGAUUCACGGCCAGAUUCUAACAAUAGCUUGGACAUCGUAAAAAACAUUGACAUCGGAGAAAUUGAGCAUGAUGAAGCGCUUGAAAACCCAUUUUUUCACUUGGUUUUUGAACAGAAUCCUUUGGACAAUCGAGCUGAUAAUGCAUUUUCAUUGAAAAUGAGGUAUUUGGAAAUCAUAUAUAACCACAAGGCUAUUGAAGCAGUCAUAGAUUUCUUUAAACCACCUGAACAACAAUUAGAAUCAAUCGCUGCGUUAAUCGAAGCUGCUGGUGAUACUUUGGAAGGGAUCAAAGCACAAACAAGAGCUGGAUUGGAAUAUGCAUUAGAGGAACACAAAACAAUCGAUGUGAAGAUCGAUAUGAAAGCGCCAAUUAUUGUUAUACCUGAAAGUUGUACAAAAAAGGAUGCACAAGUAGUUGUUCUAGAUUCAGGUCAUAUUAGUGUAGUCAGUAAUCUUGUUGAUAAAGACACUAUAGCCGAGGUUCAAGCAAAAGAAACUAAAAAAUAUAACGAAGAUGAUUAUAAGCAAUUAGAAUCUUUGAUGUACGAUAAAUUUACAGUAAAUCUUUCUUCUACUCAGCUACUUGUUGGUCAAUCUGUUGAUCGUUGCUUGAAUCAAAUACGUGACCCAAAUUCAAAUUUCGAUUUUCAUGUUAUCGAAAGGAUAAAUAUGACAUUUUUUGUUGAAAUGUCAAUAGUACGAAGGGCUUCUAAUUUAACUAAAUUUAGAAUAUCAGGGCAUUUACCAUUACUUAAAGCUAAUUUCUCUGAUAGAAAAUAUAAAAUAAUUAUGAAUAUUAUUGAUACAAUUGUUCCACCAAAUGAACCAUCAACUCCGAAUAAAGGUGAAAGUAAUUUUUCAAAUUUUGAUAAAAAACCAUUAUCACCAAAACCUUCCCGAGAUCUUAAUUUUAUAAGAGAAAAGGCUUUGAAAUGGGAGCGUCUAAAGCAUAGGGAAUCUAUGGCAGGAAAGUUCGGGUUGAUUGACAAAUUUACAGCGAAUUUGAAAAAAGCAGAUCCUGAUCCUCAGAAACCUGAAAUAAUUUUAGUUGACAUGGCUUUAGAACAUUUUGGUUUAAACUACACCCUUCGACCUUUUGAUAUGUCUGCUGUUGUAGUUCUUAAAUCUCUUAGUAUCGAAGAUAAAAUUUCUGAUAUAACUUCUGAAUUUAAACAUUUGGCUGCUUCUGAAGGAUACGGAAAUGCUCAAGCUGAAGAUUCAAAAGAUCUUGUUCAUGUGAAAUACACUAAAGUUAAACCAGAGUCUCCAGAGUAUAUGUCGAGAUUUGAAGGAAUUGACCAAAGCGUCGAUAUAGAGAUCGUUGUCUUACAACCUCAUGUGGCCAUUAAUACACCAGGCAUAUCAUUAGAAACGCCAGAACCUCCCUCCCCACAACAACAAUCUUCUAAAAUACGUGUUAAAGCCCGUUUGAACAGUAUAAGAUUUAUUUUGAACAAUGACGGUGUUAGGCUUGCAACAGGACUUUUAUCUCGUGCUGAUGUAGCUGUUUUAUUAAGACAAAAUACUUUACGUGUUGGGGCACGUUUGGGUAAUUUUUCACUAACUGACGAUAUGGCAACUAAAGAUACACCUGAAUCGUUAAGACAAUUGCUCACAAUACAAGGGGAAAAUUUAGCUGAUUUUAGAUAUGAAACCUUUGAUGAGAAUGCUCCUAGUUUUCCUGGAUACAAUUCAUCUAUUUAUUUACGUGCAGGAUCUGCAAGAGUAACUUUCCUCGAAAAACCGAUUCUACUUUUACUUGAUUUUGGUAGCAAGUUUGCUCAGAUGAAAGGCCUAUAUGAUUCUGCUCGAUCAGCUGCUAUUGAACAAGCUGCUCAAUUGCAAGAAAAAGUAUCAAAAUUCCAUUUUGACAUUUUAGUUAAUUCGCCAAUUGUAAUUCUUCCUCAUAAUAAUAAAGAUACAUUAGUUGCUAAUCUUGGUGAACUGUCUGCUAUAAACGAAUUUAUUUCAAAUGAAAAUGGAAAUGGGUUUCUUACUCAAAUAAAAGCAGAACUUCAAAAAAUUCGAUUGACAUCAAAUUUUGAAUUUCAUAAUGGCUUUACUCAAAGUUUACAAAUUAUUGAUGACGUUGAUAUAAAUUUCAAAAUUUCAUAUGCAGAGCAUGUUAAAGGUUCAACAAGACCAGACAUGGAGGUUAUUGGUGAAAUGUCGAAUGUAAACAUGAGUUUGACACAAAAACAAUACAAAUUUUUAUUGGAUCUUUCAAACUCUGUCACUACAGCAUUUAGUGGAAACGGUUCAAAAUCUCCAAAAAAGGAAUUUGACUCACCUGAUACGACAUCAAGUCCAUCCACAUAUCCAAAAUCUUUACAAAAUAUUGAUUCGCCUGCUAAGGAGGAAAAUGAAAAACCUUGGAUUUCAGUUGACCUGGCAUUUAAAGUAAAACAAAUUAAUUUGGAAAUUUUUUCUGGUGAUGGUUCUCAAGUAAAAGAAUUAGGCGAAUCGAGUUUGUCGAAAUUUUCUUUAAAUGAAACUAAUAUAAAGUUCCAAAUGUUGACUGAUGGAUCAAUUGAAGCAGAACUUCAAUUGAAAUCUGCAACUCUUGUUGAUACACGACAUAACAUAAAAAAUGUUUAUAAAGAGAUUUUACCAGCUGUAAAUAAAAACACGUCUCAAUUUAUGGUAACUCUUAGCAUUUCUGGAAAUGGGGCAGACAAAAGCCUUACAGCAAUUGCAACUGUUGAUAGUCCAAAAGUGAUCCUCACUUUAGAUCAUUUAUUUGAAACUCGUAAUUACUUUAUGAGCGCAUUCGAAACUCGAGAUUCUGAAAAAAAACUGAAUAAUCAGGCAGACAGUUCAGAUUCCUCUGCACUCAACCCAUCUAAUUCUCCAAACUCAUCUAAAUCGUCAAUAACAUCUCAACUAUCGAAAUUACCACAUAAACAACAGCCAUCAGUUCCUUCAGAAGCAAUGACUAUUAAUUAUCGUGUUAAUAUAACCGGCGCAGAAAUAAUAUUAUUGGCAAAUCCACAUCUUGCAAGUACUGAAGCAGUUGUAUUAUCAGCACAUCAAAUAGUUCUUACACAACAAAGAGUGUUAGCUAUUAGUAUUAAUAAAAUUGGCAUGUUUUUGUGUCGUAUAGAUAAAAGAGAUUUAACAUUAUUACGUUUUAUUGAUAACUUUGAUUUUGCGAUGACAUUGGACACUUCUAAUUCCAAGCCGGGUCAACAACUUUCAAGCAUUAAUAUUGAUGUUGGGCCACUUGUCUUGAGAGUUUCUUACAGAGAUGUUUUACUUAUAUUAUCAAUCAUCAAUAAAGUCUCGGAACUUUCUUCUCAAUCAUCGUCAUCAUCGGAAAAAGCUGAAAAAUCUUUAAUAGAAGCAGAAAACUCGGAAACACAAUCAUUAGUUCAUGGUAGGACAUUUAAUUCUAAUGCUUUUUCUGCAGCCAAGAAAAAUACCUCUUCGACCAAAUCGCGUCCCUAUGCAAGUACGUCAAGAGAAUCGUUAAAAGCUAUAUUUCAAGGAACUCGACUUAUUUUAAUUGGAGAUGAACAUAAUAUACCAAUGAUAGAUGCGACUGCAAAUAAAUUUUCUUUGGAUAUUUUAAAUUGGUCAUCUCAAAUGAGUGUCGAUGCUACAAUUUCAACUUAUAUGAAUUAUUUUAAUUUGACAAAUUCUCAUUGGGAACCGUUGGUAGAGCCUUGGAUGUAUAGUUUGCAUGCGUCAAAAAAUUUGAAUCCAGAAAGUAUGAUAAUUGAUAUAUCUUCUCAGAAACGUUUGGAAAUAAAUAUAACCCAUAUUUUCUUGGAAACUAUGUUGACGACUUUGUCUAUAAUAAACAAUGAAAAAGAGGCAGCCAGAGGUGCUAAAACACCAUAUAAACUAAGAAAUAGGACAGGUUAUAAUAUGCAUGUAUGGGCCAUUUCUUCUGAUGAUGCUACAAACACCGUUUUAAAAAGUAUGAUGGUAAUGAAAAACAUGCUUGGUAUUCAAUUUGAUGGUUCUAAUUGGGAAUGCAUCAGGGACAUCCAUGUAGACAGAGAGGGGGAAAAAUUAUAUAUUCUUCGACCAAAAUUAAAUAAUGUAUCGCAUAGAUUGAUGGUUGACAUAAAACUCGAAGAUAACAUUAAAGUGGUGACCUUCCGAUCUGUUUUGGUCGUUGAAAACCGUACAUUGCUUACAAUAGAACUAUUGAUAAUUGAUUCAGACAAAAAAGAUGUUAAAAAGGUCUAUCAAAUAGCCCCUGGAGAAGAUUGCCCAUUACCUAUUGAAGCUGCUUACCAUAAUCAAUUCAAAAUCAGACCUGAAGGCGGCUUUGGAUACAAUUGGAGUACCGAAAAUUUGUUUUGGCAAGAUUUUAUUAAACGUAAUCCACUCAAAUCAAUUUCAUGUAAUUCUCUCGAUGAUGGUGAUGAUGUAUCUUUCAGGUUUCAAGUGUUUGCUAGAUACAAAAAAAAUGAUCCUUUUGUAAAAGAAUAUCCUUACAUGGCGAUUCGAUUAAGUGCACCUAUUCAAUUUGAAAAUUUAUUACCAUAUAAAGUCAAUUUUCAUAUCUAUGAUAAAACUCAAAAUCAAAAUUGCCUCAAUAAUCAUUUAGAAAAGGGGUGCAUAGAUUCACUUCAUCUUAUCGAAUUGGGACAUUUAUUACUUCUUAGCAUAGAUAUACAAGAUGCAAAUUACAAGACUAGUGAACCUGCCAUAAUUGCAUCACCAAAUAAAUCCGAUUAUAAAGUUGAUGACACAAUAACAGUUACAGAUCCUGCUGGCUUAAAAUUAAAUCUUAGAAUAUACUACACUGAAAUUCCGGAUUCGGGCGGUGCAUUCAAAUUCAGUCUCUAUAGUCCUUAUGUUAUUAUCAAUAAAACUGGAUUGGAUAUGAUUUUUAAAUCAAAAUCUUUCUUGCAAUCAGCAAGAAUUGCUGCUGGUCAAGGAUCUUCAAGAAAAAAUAAUAUUGCUCCAUAUAUGUUUUCAUAUCCAAAUGAUGAGAUUGUAAAUCGUGCACUUUUAAAAAUCGGUGAUUCAGAUUGGAGUAGGCCGAUAAGUUUUGAAGCUGUUGGUACAUUUUUGGAGGUUGUGGUUCCUUCAAAAUCUGAAGAAAUGCACUUGGGCGUUAGUAUUCAGGAAGGUCAACAAAAGUACAAGUUAACAAAAAUCAUAACUAUUACACCAAGAUUUGUUCUUAAAAACAACUUAAACGAGGAUAUAAACAUCCGAGAACCAGGUUCCAAAGAAUUCUUAACUAUUAAUUCAAAAAAUCGUGCACCUCUUCAUUUUCUGAAACAGGGUGACGUGAAACAAAUAACCCUGUGCUAUUCACGUUUAAAUCCUUGGUCUGCACCAAUUAAUAUCAAUGAGCUCGGAAGAGUACACGUUAAACUUUAUAGAAAUAAUGACGAUAUUACUUUGAUUCGAACUGAAAUUUUAUUGGAGGACGCUACAGUUUUUGUUAUCUUUAAUAAAGAAGAAGGGAGAUGGCCCUAUCGUAUUGAAAAUUAUUCAGAUGUUGAUGUAGUUGUAUAUCAACAGAAUGCUAGCGCUCAGUCCACUUCUACAAAGUUAUACGUUGUAGCUUCUGGUAAUUCUAUGGCGUAUUCAUGGGAUUAUCCCGCUUUGAAAAAUAAAAAAUUAGUCUUAAAUAUUAACGAUAAUGAAAGAGUAGUCAACAUCCAAGAAAUUGGGUCUCUUGUGCCGUUCAAAUAUCCUGUCAAUGACAAUAAACACAAGAUUUUGGCUAUAGAAGUUGUUGCAGAUGGUCCAACACAAGUUUUGCUUUUAACAAAUUAUAAACAAUCGGAAAGCAUAUUUAGACCAAGAGCACCAUCAAUCACAUCUAAUACUAAUAACGAACCUACAUCUAAUCGGGAAGCCUUUGAAGUGAUUGAUGUUGAUUCAGUAACAACAAUUAGUUUUCAAAUAAGACUUGUAGGAAUUGGGAUAUCUAUUAUCAAUAAGAGGAUGCAGGAAUUGGCUUAUGCAUCAAUGCGUGGAUUGGAAUUUAAAUAUAAAGAUUCUACAUUGUAUCAAUCAAUCAAUUUCGUUGUUAAGUGGUUGCAGGAAAGUAUUGAUAAUCAAUUAUAUGGAGGAUUGUAUCCUAUUAUUUUAUACCCUACAAUGAUUCCUAAAGAUGAAAAAGAAACCGACACACAUCCUGCUUUCCACGCAGCACUUAUAAAAGCGAAAGAUGAAUCACAUGGUGUUGUCUACAUCAAAUACUUUUCUAUAUUACUACAAGAAAUGACAUUUGAAAUGGACGAGGAUUUUCUUUUUGUUUUACUUGAGUUUACUAAAAUUCAGGGUCUAAGUUCACACGAAGAAAAUGAAACGUCACUUUUGGAUGGCGCCCUCGAUAUUCCUGAGCCAAAAUCUACCGAAGGCGAUAAUCAAUUAUACUUUGAAGUAUUACAUAUACAUCCAAUGAGAUUUAAUAUAUCAUUCGUUAGAACUGAGCGUAUAAAUGUUGAAAACAAGCCACCACCACGUAAUCCUAUGACAUUUUUUAUCAAUGUUUUAACUAUGGCGAUCGGAAAUAUAAAUGAUGCACCAAUUAAAGUCAAUGCACUAGCAAUGGAAAACAUGCGAGUCAGUUUACCUGUUCUUAUUGACCGAAUUCGACAACAUUACGGAAAUGCCUUUAUUUAUCAAGUCCACAAAAUAGUCGGAUCUGCUGAUUUCUUGGGUAACCCUGUCGGAUUAUUCAGCAACCUUAGUUCUGGUGUUGUCGAUAUUUUCUAUGAACCUUAUCAAGGUUUUAUAAUGAGCGAUAAGCCUCAGGAUCUCGGUAUUGGAAUUGCGAGAGGCGCAACAAGUUUUUUUAAAAAAACAGUAUAUGGCUUUAGUGAUAGCGUCUCUAAAAUUACCGGAAGUAUUGGAAAAGGUCUUUCUGCUGCAACUUUGGAUAAAUCUUACCAGGAUCGUAGAAGGAUUUCACAAUUCAGAAACAGACCUAAGCACGCUUUAUAUGGUGUAACUCAAGGAACAUCAUCAUUAGUUAGCAGCAUUAAAAGUGGCUUUGAAGGUCUUGCUCGUAAACCAAAAGAAGGCGUCGAAAAAGAAGGAGCUCAAGGAUUCAUCAAAGGUGUUGGCAAAGGCCUCGUUGGAUUUGUUACCAAACCUGUUGUUGGUGUGUUCGACUUAGCUAGUAAUGUGACUGAAGGUAUUCGUAAUACCACUACAGUAUUUGAUGAAAAUGAUCUUUCACCUGUAAGGUUACCACGUUUUGUAGGACGUGAUGAAGCUUUAGGACAAUCUUGGUUGAAAGAAUUAGAGGACGGAAAAUAUUUGAAUGAUGAAUAUGUUGCACAUCUUGAUCUAAACGAUGAUCAAGUUGUCAUGCUUACAAGAUCCAGAAUUAUGUUAAUAAAAAACAAAAGAUCCAAAGUAGAAUGGGAGGUAUCUUUUGACGACAUUCAAACAACUUCAAUACAACCCACAGGGAUUUUUCUUAAGAUUCGACCAAACAAUACACAUGGCCACUUCAUAAAUAUUGUUGAUCCUUCAAGCAAAAGUUGGUUUGAGAGAAAAAUUGAAGAAGUAAUAAAUGAUUAUAACAAUGAAAAACAUCAUUAUUAA